AUGAGUGACGAAGAGUCAUAUGCAGUUGAUGCCAAAGGGCCCAUUGACGGGCCCCUCAAGGAUGGUGAAAAGCCAUUUGCUGCAAAGGAUUUGGAACCAUUUGGCAAUGAAGAGACGGCUGAGGUGAAGUAUCGGACCAUGAAGUGGUGGCACUGUGGAAUGCUCAUGAUUGCGGAGAAUGUCUCUGUUGGAAUUCUCUCUCUCCCAUCUGCAGUGGCCACCCUUGGCAUGGCUCCUGCUGCGAUCAUGAUUUUGUUCAUCUCUGCUCUUUCAUGGUACACAGGUUAUGAAAUUGGCCAAUUCAAGCUUCGUCAUCCCGAGAUUCACAGCAUGGGAGACGCUGGCGAGCUUCUGAUGGGCCGGAUUGGCCGUGAAGUACUGGGAAUCGGCCAGCUUCUGCUGUUGAUUUUCCUCAUGGCCAGUAACAUCUUGACAUUCAAUAUCCUGAUGAACGUCUUGACGGACCACGGCACCUGCACCUUGGUCUUUGGUGUAGUUGGGCUGGUCAUCUGCUUCCUCGGUGCCUUGCCACGUACGAUGGAGAAGGUCUACUGGAUGUCUUGUAUUUCAUUUUUGAGUGUUUUCGUUGCCGUGAUGGUGACCAUGGUCACUGCGGGAGUCGAGAGCAAGAGUCAUGUCGCGAAUCUUGCCACCACGGACGUGAGCUUCCGCGAUGGUUUCCUGGCGGUGACUAAUAUUAUUUUCGCCUACCUCGCCCAUAUUGCUUACUUUGGCUUCAUGUCUGAGAUGGAGGACCCACGAACCUUUAACAAGUCGCUCGCAAUGCUUCAAAUUAUUGACACGGUCUUGUACCUGGUUAGCGCGCUUAUCAUCUACCACUACGUGGGACCCGAUGUCGAGUCUCCUGCCAUCUUGUCUCUGAGUCCCUUGAUGGGUAAGAUCGCCUGGGGCCUUGCAAUUCCGACGGUCAUCCUUUCCGGCGUUGUCUUGGGUCACGUCGCGUGCAAGUACAUUUACGUGCGCCUUUUCCGCGGAUCCGACAAGAUGCACAGCCGGAGCUUCCUGUCGAUCGGAUCCUGGGUUGCUAUUUGUAUCGGCGUUUGGGUCGUAUCAUGGGUUGUGGCGGAAUCGAUUCCCGUGUUUAAUGACCUGCUCAGUCUCAUUAGUGCGCUAUUCGGAAGUUGGUUCAGCUUCGGUCUUCCUGCCAUUUUCUGGUUCUACAUGAACCGGGGUCAAUACUUCCGGAACUAUAAGAAAGUAAUUUUGACUAUCGUUAAUGUCCUGGUCUUCGCCAUUGCCGUUUCUAUGUGCGGUCUGGGUCUAUACGUGUCUGGUGUGGCGAUUCACAGUGACUCUAGCUCCAGCAGUUGGUCUUGCGCUAACAAUGUAUGA